UUUAUAUUCGUGAAUCUGACAUUGAUGAAAUUUUGGCUCCGAUACUGCCCAAAGAUAUACCAAAACAUUUGCGCAACCGCUCGGAUGAAGAAUAUGCAGCAUGUGAACAAAAGAAAAAAGAAUCGAAAGAAAAUCACUUAUAUUUAAAUACAUGGAUUGUUACCGAAGAAUUAUUUAAAAAACAUAAAGGGCUUGACCUUGUUAAUUUUAAUACUCCGCAAUAUCCAUUGUCCGAAAUUCCUCAGUUUAAAAUUUUGAAAGAGGACACCUUUGGCACUUUUAAAAUGAUAGUUGCUUCAAAAUUUAAAAUACCCGUUGAUCAAAUAAGGUUCUGGGUUUCUGCAACUCGACAAAAUAAGACUAUUAGACCACAUGAACUUAUAACUGAUAAUUAUCUUACAUCAA